AGUCCUGUUCCAAUCUGAUGGGAUUCCAUUAUCAUCUUCUUCCUAACAAGUACAUAUUCACUUUCAUUUCAAGCUCAAACACACAUGAUUUGCUGAGAAAUAGAGAAUAGCAGAGUUCUAGAAUUUCCUAGUUCCUAGUAAUUAAGCAUUCAAUGGGGAAGACUGGAGGGGGUUCCUGGUUAGGCUUAGUUAAAAAGGCUUUCAGAUCACCUUCCAAGGACACUGAGAAGAGCAGCAGCAGCAGAAGAAGAGAAGAAGAAUCAGAGCAAGAAGAAGAAGAAAAGAAGAGAGGAAAACGACGAUGGAUUUUCCGGAAGGUGCCUGCAGUCCAUGAAACAACAGUCCACCACAUUAAAGUAGAAAGCACUGCUACCACUAGACAGACAAAUUUGGGUGUAAAGAACUCACUAAACCUCAGUGGAGGAAACCAGGGAAAACGUUGUCUGUCGUCCGAGGAUAAUGCUGCAGAGCCUAACCAAAGACAGACAAUUGCAGUGGCCAUGGCUGCAGCUGCUGCUGCUGCUGAGGCUGUGGCUGCAACUGCACAAGCAGCGGUCGAGAUCAUUCGCCUAACAAGGCCUUCCCUUUUGGUCAAAGAACAGCAUGCUGCUAUUGCCAUUCAGACAGCAUUCAGAGGAUACUUGGCAAGAAAAGCGCUUCGAGCACUGAAGGGAGUUGUGAAGCUGCAGGCCAUAGUAAGAGGACAUAAUGUUCGGAAGAGGGCGAAGAUGACUCUGCAGUGUAUGCAGUCACUGGUAAGAGUGCAAACUCAGGUGUGUGACCGCCGCAGAAGGUUAUCCUCUGAAGGGAGCUUGAAUUCCAUGUUUAAUGGCCCAAACACCACAACUGAGCCUCAUUUCUCACAUAGAAGAUCCACUUCUAAAACUGAUCUCAGAGCUACUGCGUUACAGCGCGAAAGUGUUCUUGCUUAUGCCUUCUCUCAACAGAUGUGGAGCUCAAGUAAGGAGGAAGAGGAUACAAACAGCAAUGAAGAGCUUGAGGACUAUCAGAGGUCAUAUAACAGAACAAUUCUGAGGAGAGCUUCUUUUGAUCAACCUAGAGAUCCCAUUAGGACAGUUGAAGUUGACACAGCCCAGUCUUAUUCCAACUCUGCUCCUAGUUUUAGGAGACUCCAAAAUCAGUAUUCCCAGGACCAUCAACAAAAACUAUGUUCCUACAUUGCACCAGUCCCCUCACCUCUCCACAGAAUGCACCAAAACCACUCAUCACCCUGCACCCCUCCCUGCAAGAUUAAGCCCAUCUUGGUCCACUCAAUCACCCCUCAAUUCACAAGAGAAGAGAGGAACCACCCGACACCCGAAACGCCUAAUUCCCUCUCAAGCUACUUCCACCACAGAUCAAGUGUCAGCACUGCAACCAGGACUCCAACAAGUCAGCCAAAUUACAUGGCAUCCACUGCAUCAGCAAUGGCUCGGUCGCAAAGUGCCCCGAGGCAGAGGCCUUUGACACCAGACAGAGAAAAGAACCCUUCUGCAAAGAAACGCCUCUCCUUCCCCGUCCCAGACGCCUGUAACAACGACACUAUCACCAACGGUUACUCCUCGGAUCAUACCUUGAUGAGCUCUACCCAAAAGACUACCUAUCACUAAACACAUUUGUUAUGAGUUUAGGCUACAUCAAGAACUUCAGACUUAGAUUGUAAAGUAGGCAAAAGAGUUGAAUGUUAGUAAAAUUCCAUUUCUGCAUAA